CUUCCUCCGAGCAGCGGCGCCAUUUUGAGGAGGAGAAGCUGCGCUGAGUUCAGGAUCUGCGUCUCUACCAGACAGUAAAGCUGAGGAAGGAGAAGCUGCAGGAGGAGCUGAGUGUGAAGGAGAGCUGGAGGAGUCCUGCUGAGGAAGGAGGAGAAGCUGCAGGAGGAGCUGAGUGUGAAGGAGAGUUGGAGGAGACCUGCUGAGGAAGGAGGAGAAGCUGCAGGAGGAGCUGAGUGUGAAGGAGAGCUGGAGGAGACCUGCUGAGGAAGGAGGAGAAGCUGCAGGAGGAGCUGAGUGUGAAGGAGAGCUGGAGGAGUCCUGCUGAGGAAGGAGGAGAAGCUGCAGGAGGAGCUGAGUGUGAAGGAGAGCUGGAGGAGACCUGCUGAGGAAGGAGGAGAAGCUGCAGGAGGAGCUGAGUGUGAAGGAGAGCUGGAGGAGACCUGCUGAGGCAGAGCUUCACCGGAGAGAGCAAGAUGAAGACUGUGUGGGUGCUGACUCUGGUCCUCCACUGCGCUCUUUCAGAGAACUCUGAGGUUGUGGAUCCAGGUUCUCCUGUUGUCGCUGUAGCUGGUUCUGAUGUUGUUCUGCCGUGUUCUGUUCGACGCUCAGCUGGUCAGUCCAGUCUGAGUGCUGUGGAUAUGAACAUUAAUUGGACCAGACCAGACCUGGGAGACGCUCUAGUGCAUCUCUAUGCUAAUCAUAGAGACGUGAACACCAGGCAGAUUCCUCAGUACAGAGGGAGAACAGCUGUGUUUACAGAGGAGCUCCAGAACGGGAACGUCUCACUGAGACUAACUGACAUUAAACUUCUUGAUGAAGGAGAUUAUAAAUGUCGUGUUGACUCUAAAUUCUGGAAGGAUGAGGUCACUAUUAAUCUUAGAGUUGAAGUGAUUGGAGAACGUCCAGUGAUCUCUGUGGAGAAAUAUGAUAGUAACUCUGAACAGUUCAGUUUACUGUGUGAGUCUAAAGGCUGGCGGCCUCAGCCGGAUCUUCAGCUGCUGAACAGUAAAGGAGAAAAUCAGACUGCAGGAGAUCCAGAGAUACAGAGACGCGCUGAUCUGUUCAACGUGAAACGGCGCUUCACUGUACACAAGAACCACAUCGACACGUUCUACUGCAGAGCCACACUGGGAGAACACAAGGAGGAGAAGGAGAUCAAACCUAUCGUCUUCUAUGAUCUCCUGCCCAUGCCAACUGGUGCCAAAGUGGCUAUAGGGUUUGCAGUUGCAGUGAUUAUAGUCCUCAUCCUGGCUGGCAUCGUUUAUUUCAAAUAUAAAGAAAGGAAAGAAAAGGAGGAACUGAAAAGAGUGAUGCGUGCUUUGGGGACGCCUGAAGAGGAGCAGCCUGAUGACUCCUCAGUGAUGACUACUUUGCUGAAUCAUCUAAGAAACGUCCCACUACUGAUAUUAAGGAAAAGGCUGCGGCGACUGCUGAAAUCUCGCUCUGGAGUUGUACUGUGUGGUAAAGGUCUCACAGAGAAAAGCUUUGCUGUCCUGGCCUCAGCUCUCAGCUCACAGAACUCAAAACUAACAGAACUGGACCUGAGUCAGAAUACACUGCGUAAUUCAGAAGUGAAGAAGCUCUGUGAGGGACUGAGGAGUCCAAACUGUAAACUGCAGAAACUGAGCUUGAUUGAUUGUAGUUUCACAAAGGAAACCUGUGCAGAUCUGGCCUCAAUUCUCAGGUUAAAGAACUCAACCCUGAGAGAACUGGACCUGAGUAAAAAUGACCUGUGGAAUUCGGGAGUGAAGGAGCUCAGUGAGGGACUGAAAAGUCCAGACUGUAAACUGGAAAGACUCGGCCUGUCAGAGUGUCGUCUCACAGAGGAAAGCUGUGCUGAUUUGGCUUCAGUUCUCAUGGUAAAGAACUCACCACUGAGAAAACUGGACCUGAGUGAAAAUAAACUGCAGGAUUCAGGAGUGAAGAAGCUCUGUGACGGACUGAGGAGUGAAAACUGUAAACUGGAGACUCUGAACCUGUCAGACUGUCGACUCACAGAGGAAAGCUGUGCUGAUUUGGCUUCAGCUCUCAUGGUAAAGAACUCACCACUGAGAAAACUGGACCUGAGUUAUAAUACACUGCGGGAUUCAGGAGUGAAGGAGCUCUGUGACGGACUGAGGAGUGAAAACUGUAAACUGGAGACUCUGAAACUGAGUAGCUGCAGUAUUACAGAUGAAGGCUGUGCUGAACUGGUUACAGCGCUGAGAUCAAACCCCUCAUACCUGACAGAGCUGGAUCUGGACAUGAAUCCACUAGGAGCUUCAGGAGUGGAGCAGCUCAUUGAACUAAAGGACAAUCCAGGCUAUAAACUGAAGAAACUACGGUUCUCCUUGACAUUUGAGAGCGCGUGUAGUAAGCAGGACCUGAUAUGGACCUUCCUGCUGUGGCCCUAA